AUUUUUCCAAACUCAAUUCUGAAUUUUUUUAAGUAUUUAAACUUUAUUUUGAUUUCAAUUUUAAUUAGCAGUCAAAUAUGUCAGAACAUACAGUCAUUCGGAUUGCGAUCAUUAAUCAAAUGCACUCUUUUAACACUUCUAAGAGAUGAGUGUUGGGAUAUAUCAAGGCCAUUGAUCCAUGUUGCUACUGCCAUUGAAUCUUCCUCCGUCACAUUGGAAGGAUGUGUUUGCUGCUUUUAACCCAUUCCUAGCUGCCGUAAGUUCAGCCACCAGAACCAAAGUAGCGAAAACAGGAAGUGCUGCAGAACGAAGAACUUGACCAUCUCCAUUUCUGAUUACAAAGCCAGCGCUAGCUCCAUUGAGGCGAAACGAACCAUGGCGUCCAAGAGACAAUGGUUUUACGUGAAUGAUCCGCAAAUUCAUGCGGUAUGUAGGAGCUCCAAAUAGCAGAUUUUUUCAGCUUUGAACCCUUCAAGGACCUCUGAGAUGCAGCCAUUAGACUAUAAGCCUUGUUCGAAAUUUCUUCAGCAUCCAUCAUCCGGUCCUGGAAGAUUUCUUCACUUCUAGCUUUCCACAUUAACCACAAUGUAUAGGCCAAAGUAGUUUGAGCUACCACUGUCAGUUUAGAAUCCUUCGUUUGCAGCAGAAAUUCGACAGCUUGAUGGUAGGAAUGAAUUUGGGAUAAAACGGGGUGUUGAAUCACCUUCCAUCCUGCUGCAGCUCUGUUGCGUUGGAAAAACAAGUGAUCCAUGUCUUCCGGGUGGUUUCCGCAACAGGGACAAACUGGUGACACGGAUGGAAUUCUUUUUGGAAUAAGAUCCACUGUAGGUAGUUUUCCAAUGACCACUCCGUUUCAAGUUCUAGUAGACGAUCCCUUCCUAACGGCUAAUACCGCUUCAACCCAUUUAAACCCAACUCCUCCCCCUUUCCUCCCUCGUUUCUCUCGUAUCCCUUCUCUCGAUCCUUCCUAGGGUUAGGGUUCUUGUAGUUCCGAGGGCUCCGGAUCGAUUCUCGGCCCUUCCUCCGCCUCCCCACCUUCCAAUUUCCAGGGUUUCCAAGGUCCCGACUCCCAACCUCUUGACCGCAGCCAAAUCUUGAGGGUUUCUAGGGUUUAUCUAUUUGCUCUGCCAAGUGACCAUGGAUGCAGAGACCGACGAAUACAUCCGGGAAUCCAUCGAGAACUCGCUCGGCCUCGCGAUCUCCGCCAAGAACCUGCGUCUCAAGCUCCUCGCUUCCGAAGACGCCCGCCACCGCCUCCAAGAUCGGAUCUUCGUCCUCGAAGAGCGCCUUAAGGACACCGAGAAGCGUGUGGAGCAGCACAAGGCGGAGGCGACUAUGAACGCCCACGGGUUGAGGAGGUGCAUCGAGGAGAAGGAGAUGGCGGCGUCCGGGUACGAUGAUUUGGUGAAGCAAUACGCCAAGUUGGAGAAGGAGUGCUCGCUGUAUGAACGGGAUCUUGAGAGGGUCAUGGAGUCCUGCGAUGAGUUGGCCAAGGAGAAUGACGAACUUCGAGUACGGUUGCAGGACAACUCGUCUCUGGCAGCAUUAGCUGCUGAAGUUGAGUCCUUGAAAAAGGACAAGGAAAACAUGAGGAUUAAUCUCCACAGAGCUGAAGAAGAGGUCAAGGUACUGUUUGAAGAAAAUAAACUUUUGGAUGAAGAGAACAAGAGGUUGCUUAGGCUGCUAAAGAGAGAACGAAAUCACCAUGGAUCUGACAGCAAAAGCUCUGCUGGUACUUCUGCUAAAGGAAAGCCUAAAUCAGGCCAAAGUGACAGCAGCCCUAUGGGGCGGGUGAUUGAUUUCAAUGUUGCAGAUUCAUCGAGACAGCCAUUAUCACCUCUGCGUCAGAACUCUUCUGACUCUAGAAUGCAUAAGAAGUAAAAGGGUGUUUGUCCUCAUUCUACUGAUCUUGAACGGUUGCUACUAGCAACCAGCCUGCUAAUUUUUUCUUAGCUAUCAAUCCGAACUUACUAGUUCUUGAUGUACACAGCGUUGAGUUAAACGCUGAAAUUCAUUUCAGCUGAUAGUUGUUACUUUUUUCACCGCGUUCUUGACACUAAAUUGCUGAUACCAAUGCUUUGUGGUCUGUAUUCAACGAAUCAAAAUGAAUGUAAAGUUUCUUGAGAACACUGUUUUGGUUA